AUGACUAAUGUUACAUUUGCUAAUGAGUUUAUUCUUCUGGGAUUUUCUGAAUUUCAUGGCCCAAAGAAUGUGUUCUAUGCCACACUCCUGUUGAUGUACCUUCUGUCAGUUACAGGACACACCUUAAUCAUUGUAGUUGCUUUUAUGGAACCCAUGCUCCAUACGCCGAUGUACUUUUUCCUCAUCAGCUUCUCUGUAGCUGAAAUUUGCUCCACAACUGCAGAGAUCCCAAAGAUGCUGGCUAAUGCUUUCUCAGGCAAAUCCAGUAUUUGCUUUGCAUGCUGCAUGACACAAGGUUUCAUCAUCUUCACAAUGGGAUCUGUUGAAUUCAUCACUCUCACCCUCAUGUCUUUUGAUCGCUAUGUCGCCAUUUGCAAGCCUUUGCAGUAUAGAACUAUCAUGACCAACGAGCUUUGUUUCUACCUGACUUUGCUGUCUUGGGUUGGUGGGUUUGUGAUAAUAUUUUCUCAGUCAAUAGUACUGUGGACUUACCCAUAUUGUGGACACAAUGUCAUUGACCACUUCUUCUGUGACGUUGGCCCUGUUUUGCAGUUGGCUUGCACUGACACAACUUUGAUGGAGCUGGUAGGCCUCAUCUAUGGUGCUACUUUCAUGUGGGGCUCCCUUGGGUUCUCAUUGCUUUCAUAUAUCUACAUCAUAGCCACCAUAAUUCGGAUCCCUACUUCCACCGGGCGAUCGAAGGCAUUUUUCACCUGUGCUUCCCAUCUCACAGUUAUUACCAUCUUCUACACAGCAGAUAUGUUUAUGUACUUGAAGCCUUCAACACACGGCAACACAAAAGUCAACAAAGUGGUAUCCCUUGUACGCACAAGUUUCAUCCCCAUGUUAAACCCUUUCAUCUACACAAUCCGGAACAAAGACUUCAAAACGGCUGUGUGGAAAGCAGUGAGAAGAAAGAUGUUUUUCUAA